GGUUGGUGCCGAGGCCGGUGCUAGAUGCUUGGAGGAAUCUUCGGAUAGUGAACCCGAGCAGGAACAUGGGUCUCCCCAGAAACUAAUCCGCAAAGUGUCAACGUCGGGACAGAUCCGAAGCAAGACGGUUCUGAAGGAGGGCAAGCUGAUGAAACAGACCAACUCAUUUCAGCGCUGGAAGAGGAGAUACUUCAAGCUACGGGGACGAACGCUGUACUACGCUCAGACAGCAAAGUCGAUCAUCUUUGACGAGGUGGAUUUGACUGAUGCCAGCGUAGCGGAAUCCAGCACCAAGAACGUCAACAACAGCUUCACUAUAAUCACACCUUGUCGGCGCUUGAUUCUGUGUGCGGAGAACAGGAAGGAGAUGGAGGAGUGGAUGGCAGCACUGAAGAGUGCACAGAAUCGGGAACACUUUGAGUCCACCCAGUACAGCAUGGACCAUUUCUCUGGGAUGCAUAACUGGUAUGCCUGCUCGCAUGCUCGGCCCACCUACUGCAACGUCUGCCGAGAAGCUCUGAGUGGGGUCACCUCCCACGGCCUGUCCUGCGAAGUGUGCAAGUUUAAGGCCCACAAACGCUGUGCUGUCAGAGCUACAAAUAACUGCAAGUGGACAACGCUGGCCUCCAUCGGCAAGGACAUCAUAGAGGAUGAGGAAGGGAUCUCAAUGCCGCAUCAGUGGCUGGAGGGGAACCUGCCGGUCAGUGCCAAGUGCACGGUGUGUGAUAAAACCUGUGGCAGUGUGCUGCGUCUGCAGGACUGGCGCUGCCUCUGGUGUAAAGCCAUGGUGCAUGCAGCCUGUAAAGAUCAGCUCCCCACUAAGUGCCCCCUGGGUCAGUGUAAAGUGUCUGUCAUCCCACCCACAGCCCUCAACAGCAUUGACUCUGAUGGGUUCUGGAAGGCUACGUGUCCCCCAACGUGCACCAGCCCUUUGCUUGUGUUUGUGAACAGUAAGAGCGGGGAUAAUCAGGGGGUGAAGUUUCUUCGCCGAUUCAAACAGCUCCUGAACCCUGCUCAGGUGUUCGAUCUGAUGAACGGUGGCCCACACCUGGGCUUGCGCUUGUUUCAGAAGUUUGAUACAUUCAGGAUCUUGGUGUGUGGAGGAGACGGCAGUGUUGGUUGGGUUCUGUCAGAGAUAGAUGCUCUGACGCUGCAUAAACAGUGCCAGUUGGGUGUGUUGCCUCUGGGAACGGGAAAUGACCUGGCGAGGGUUCUGGGUUGGGGCUCGGCCUGUGAUGAUGACACCCAGCUCCCCCAAAUUCUGGAGAAGCUGGAAAGAGCUAGUACGAAGAUGCUGGACAGGUGGAGCAUCAUGGUAUAUGAGACCAAGUUUCCACGACAACAUUCUAGCUCCACAGUAACAGAGGACUGCAGUGAGGAUUCUGAGGUGCAGCAUAUUCUGACCUAUGAGGACUCUGUUGCAGCACACUUGUCCAAAAUCCUCACAUCUGAUCAGCAUUCUGUUGUCAUCUCCUCUGCCAAGGUUCUCUGUGAAACGGUGAAGGACUUUGUAGCAAGAGUUGGUCGAGCUUACGAAAAGAACACAGAGAGCUCAGAAGAGUCAGAGACCAUGGCAAAAAAGUGUGGAGUCUUAAAGGAAAAGUUGGACUCGCUAUUAAAGACACUGAAUGAAGAGGCUCAGGCCACCAGCGUCAUAGCAACACCACCACCCACCAUUGCAGAGGAGCAGGAAGAGGGGGAGUCUGUUUUACAGGCUCCGCCUCUGCCCACACCCACUGUGCCGACACCCUGCUCACCACGCCCCCCCACUGCCAUCUUUAAACCCAGAGAGCAGCUCAUGCUUCGAGCUAACAGCUUGAAGAAAGCAAUCAGACAGAUCAUUGAACACACAGAGAAAGCGGUGGAUGAGCAGAAUGCCCAGACUGAGGAGGUGUUUGCAGCUCUGGCCCCUGAAGAGGAAGAGGAGGAGGAGGAGGAUGAAGAAGAAGAUAAGGUGUCUCUGAGGUCGGCAUAUAACACCAGGGUGCAUCAUGUGAGGAGAGUGUCUAAGGCACCAUGUGAGAAGCUUAUCACUAAAGGGAGUUUGUCACUGGGGAGCUCUGCAUCACUUCCUGCUCAGACAGGAAGUAGGGAGAACAUGCUGAACACCAAGAUUCUGUACCCAAGUCUCAGAAGUGGCAUCUCUGGCUCUCUGUCCAGUAGCUCAGUAAUCAGCAGGUUGCUGGUAAACGCCGACCCCUUUAGCUGUGACCUGGAGAACUUUGACUGCUACACUGAGAAGUGCGUCAUGAAUAACUACUUUGGAAUCGGACUUGAUGCCAAAAUCUCGCUGGACUUCAAUAACAAGCGUGACGAGCACCCAGAGAAAUGCAGGAGUCGUACUAAGAAUAUGAUGUGGUAUGGAGUUCUGGGGACCAAGGAACUUCUGCACAGGACGUAUAAGAACCUUGAGCAAAGAGUACUACUGGAGUGUGACGGACGACCAAUUCCUCUCCCUAGUCUCCAGGGAAUUGCCGUACUGAACAUUCCCAGUUAUGCUGGAGGAACCAACUUUUGGGGUGGUACCAAAGAGGAUGAUACAUUCACAGCUCCGUCUUUUGAUGAUAAGAUUCUGGAGGUAGUGGCAGUGUUUGGCAGCAUGCAGAUGGCUGUGUCUCGAGUCAUUAACCUUCAGCAUCAUCGAAUAGCUCAGUGCCGCACAGUAAAGAUCACCAUCCUGGGAGAUGAGGGUGUACCUGUGCAGGUAGAUGGAGAGGCUUGGAUCCAGCCGCCUGGUUACAUCCGCAUCAUCCACAAGAACCGCACACAGACCCUCACCAGAGACCGGGCAUUUGAAAACACUCUGAAGUCAUGGGAGGAUAAGCAAAAGUGUGAUUUCCCGCGCCCCGUAUCCCAGCAUUCUGUGCAGCCUGAGAUUGUCUCUGAGGAGGAAACCAAUCAGGUCAGCCAAUUUGGCCAAGCAGCAGGAGCUCUCAUACACAGCAUUAGGGAAAUAGCCCAGACCCACCCCAGCAUGGAGCAGGAGUUGGCCCAUGCUGUGAACGCCAGCUCCAAAGCCAUGGACAUGGUGUAUGCCAACUCCAAAGACAACACCGGGCUGACAUGUAAUGUGGUGGUACAGAUGGUCAGUAAUGUGAAGGCACUGCAGAGUGAAACAGAGUUGCUCCUUGCAGGAAAAAUGAGUCUGCAGUUGGACCCUCCCCAGCGAGAGCAGCUGAGUGGUGCGCUGGCGGCCGUAGCCCUGCAAUUGCGACAACUUGCUGACAUUGUCUGGCUCGGGCCCAUAAUCGAUCCCACCGACGACGAGGAACAUCCAAUGGAUUUUUCAAAGCGUAGCCGCAGUGCGAAAUUCCGCCUUGUGCCCAAAUUUAAGAGGGACAAGAACAACAAGAACAAGGAAGCAUGUGGCACUCUCAACCUCCCAGUGCAUCAGUGGGGAGUGGAAGAGGUGGCAGUCUGGUUGGAACAACUGUGCCUGUCUGAGUACAGGGAGAUUUUUAUAAAACAUGAUGUGCAGGGCUCGGAGCUGCUACACCUGGAGAGGCGAGACCUAAAGGACUUGGGAGUGACUAAGGUCGGUCAUAUGAAACGGAUCCUGCAGGGCAUCAGAGAUCUGAGCCGGAACAGCACAGCCAGUGAAGCUUAGUCUUUCUAGCCAGUCAUGUGUACUGGAGGGCUGGACCCACCUCAGCGCAGCCAAUCACCUCACAGGCACCAGUGCAGCAAUCUCACUCCAGCUGGAACUCAACCCACCAUCACAGUGCCUUCUUUUCACAACUCAGUGAUAUUUUCUGACAACUCUGUGACAUUUGUCUUCAAGAGAAGCCUGUUCUACUGCCUUGGUGGUGGUUCGGAUGAUUGCGUGCAUGCGUGCGUGUGUUGGGGGUGGGUUAAUAAGAGCCAUCUGUAAACAAAGGGCUACCAGCACUAUCAAAAUGUGCCAGGGUACAAUUGGCAGAGGAGCGGGACCAAACUCACCAGUAGCAAUGAAGCAGGGAAGGAGGGCUGAAGCAGAGGUGCCCUCUACAGGCAGAGAGGAGACACACAUGGAUCGAGGAACAAAGGAGCGUGUUCUAAAAGGAUGGGAGGUGCUCAGGGUAUGAUAUCAGCAGUUCAGUUAGUAUCUCAGCCAUCAGUCCUCUAUGGGAUGCCAACAGGCACACACACUGAAACUGGAGUCAAGACCAGUACAGCCUUGACAAAGACCAAGACCAAAUACCUCAACAGUACACACUACAAGACAAUGACUUUUUAGAGUGUUUGUGACUGAAUUUUACAAUAACUGCACCAAAUUUCCAAAUGUAGAAUUUAUUUGAUAAAGAAGUAUCCUCUUAAGCAAUUUUUAACAUGCAGCAAUGAAACAUUUUGCCAAUUUUUUUUAGUAUUGAAGGUACAGCCAAUAAAAUAUGAAUGCCUAAUGGAUAGUAAGAAAGCUAAGCAAUUCAAAUUCAUAAAAUAAUACUAUUGCUGUAACAAUGAUUUCAGGUACUACAGGCUCUUAACUUGCUACAGCCUUAGCUAGCUUAUUACUUAAAAUAGUUGUAAAAUGGCUGGCUAGUUGUGGUGACCCACCAUGUGUGUAUUCAUGGUUCAUGUAUGAGUGUACAUGUUUUAUGGUGUUGGACCAUAAUAAAUACUGUCAUCCGCUGUGAUAUAAGAACCAUGCAUACAUGCUGUUAUAAAGAGUUCUGAGGUCUCUACUAGUAAACAUGGCGCCAACUGCUAGUCGAAAGAGGUUGUCAUCACCAUGAGCAUCCUGGAAAGAUACUGUGAUCUCCAGGACCAUAAACAGACACCCAGGCCCAGACUCUUAAUUGAUGAGACCAAGACUGUGUGGUUUUAAGACCUCUUGUGACCACUAAACCAGGACUCUGACUCUGACACUCAAAACACAUGCAUGCACACAAACACACAUACAUACACUUUCUCUCUCAAGUUAAUCACUCAGAAUUUAAUGUGUCAUGACAAUCAGUCAGUUAAGAAACCUGAGGGAUAAAGGUCUAAAGUUACCAGAUUAAAAAAAAAACCCACUUGUGUGUUUUGGGAAGGGUGUUUGUUUAAGAAAGACAUUUUCUUUCAGAAAAGCUGCAGUAUGCCUUAGUCACCCCAGUGCUAAAAUAUUCUCAUGUCAGUGUUGGAGUCUGGUUUAAGGAUUUGCAAAUAUGUAUAUUAAAGGGUUUUCCAUACCAAAGCUUCUCAAAUGUAAGUAAGAAAGUGAAUGAGGCCCAGGACCUGAAAGUUUUUAGUUUACAUGGGACAUGGGCCAUGAGUAAAACUUUCUGUUCACCUCAGACUUGAUCUUGCAUAAGAAAUGUUCAAAGUAACCUUUGGAUUGAAUAGGUUCAAAAAGAUUUUUGUUGCAGACCCUUUUAGUUAAGAUUUAUUUUCCUUAUUAUUUUACCUAAAUCCUUAGUCAUGUUUUCUGAAAACAAACAUUUCAGAAUAUAAAAAAUUAUAUUUAAUCCUUAAGUAUCCUUCAUGACCACAUAGACCACAUAAAAAGGAUAUGUCUGUCUAUUAGGAGUUCUGUCUAAAAUGUUUGUAUUUUGGCAAUAAUAAAAAUGACAGACAAAGAUCAUCCAUUACUAAACUUAAAUGUAGAAGAUAAAAUUUGUGAAGUAACUUAAAAGUGCCAUUAGGCUUAAGGUUAGCACAAUGUUUGGGGUGGUGUUGGGGCUGAGGAUUGUGUUGGUGUUGGGAAUGGUUUGGGUAUAAUGCUGUUAUAGCAUGAAUAUUACAGUCAUGACAGGUGAAAUUGUACAGUCCAUGCAAAAGGUCAAAACAAUCUCUGAACAGCAAGAUGAGUAUGUGUGUUUGGUCUGCUUCCCAAGAGCUGUUAAACAGUGUUCACCACUGGGUCACCAUAACAUAACUGCUCAGAAACAACACACACCAGCUAUGUGGCCGUGGUUGUGGAUGUGUGUUUAACAAAGUUUCGUCCCAGAGGACACCAGCAUUGUCAGUUCUUUCUGCCUGAUAAAUAUUUAUUAAUAAGUUAUAACUGAAUACAUUUGCUGUUAUCUUUGCUUUCUGUUUCUGUCCUUUGUACAUAGGCCAAGUUGAAGACUGUAAAUAAAUUCUUAAUGUACAGAGUAUUAAAUAUCUGGUCGGUGUCGCA